AUGGUCGCCGUGCCCGCCUCUGGCCUCCGCCCCACCGCCGCCAUCUUCUGCCCUGCUGCCUCCCUCCGUCCUGCAGCUUCCCUCGCUUCCGCCGCCGUUUCUCCUCCCGCCGCCUCCCCGCUAACCAAAAGCGGUGCAACUUCUGUCGCCUCCUCGGGCGAUCGUCCAAUUCCGGUGCCAGCGCCCGGUUUCCUCACUCCCCCGCCACGGGGAAAUCAAUCGUCGCACCAGGAUCGGGCCCUCGACUCGAGAACGAUCAUGGAGCAAGCCGCGCGGAGGAAGAUCUUCACCUCGGGGGCCGACCAGGUCAACAAGAGACCGGCGGCAAAGCUCAACAUCACCGUUGUGGUGGUGUGGCCCGCGCCAGGGCGUGGUUUCAAGGAUGUCCACAACUCGGACACCGACGUCAUGGCAAUGGUCUCUCGCAUUGCGAAAGAUCAUGAGUCCAUGAUCGAGGUUGAGGAAGUCGACGGCGCCGUCACCGUCACCGUCCAGGCGAUCAACCGAGCGAAAGCUCGGGAGAUCAUCGCUCUCCUCCGGGUCCAGCUCCUCCACCGAUCGGCCGAGGAGUUGUGGCGUGCCCGGCUACUGGUCAACCCCUCGAGCCAUGGAGGCGACCUCCGAGCCAUCCUUCUAAAGAAGGAUGGUACCAUUGGUCGGUACAUCGCCGCCGCGAAGACCAGCAACCCCGAAGGCAUCGACGCGGCCGCCUUCGCAGCAAAGAUGGCCAAAUACAAGAGCGACCUGGCUACGACCCUGGACAAAACGACCCAGAUGCUGCGUCAUGACCCCAACGGCAUGCGCAUGAAAGUACAAUUUGGUACCCUCCUCCUCCACCAGUGGAAGAAGGACAAAGUGGAGUACGACCUUGCCGAGCUGGGAGCUUUGCUUCGCAGCGCCGGGACGAGGGGCACCUCGAAGAUGCUCAACACCGUCAGCGAAGCCGCUGCGGAAGCGCUCAUUGGCCGGCUUUCCAAGGCCAACAUGGAGCUGCCCGAGUUUGUGAGGAAUUGCCUCGAGGGCCCCGAUGGCGAGGAUGUUGAGCCGAAGGCGUCUCACUCCAUUAUCCUGGAAACCAAGAACCUCACCGUCGAGACGGCCAUCGAGCUGGUGGCAGGCCAGGAAGACAGGACUCGGAACGCCAAACAGGGAAAGCGGUAUACUUUUGGCUCAUUGGCGACCCAUCAACUCGAGAAGCAGCACCGGGCCACGGAGGUUAUCACCGUGUGCCCAGAGAGCAUUCAUGAUUGGGGACUCGAGAUCCAGAAGAGCGCCGCAGAGCAGGUUGCCCCGCCGGUCGCACCCUUCAGCGCUAAGACCCUAGGAGAUAACGUCGUGUUCAAGGAAGGGUCGUUGGGUAGAGGCUUUCCCACUCUCCACAUCAAAGAUCACUUUCUUCUCAACAACCACAUCGGCCAUGUAUACGGCAAGACGACCUUGCGGUACGACCUCGGCUGGAAAUAUAUGCUGGACAUCAACUUGUUUCACGAGUGGCAGUCCGGGAAGCCUGGCCAGAAUGCGGGGCCCAUGGUAACGACGGCAAGCGUGGUACUUUUCGCCGAUGCCUGGGACCAAGACAUGCGUGCUGGCGUGUCUCUUCCCCGUCCGUGGGACGACACCUUCGCCGAGCAGUUCCUGAAGCACGAGCUCGAUGACGAGGCUCCUGGCGGCAGGGCGACGGAUCACAUGGAUCAUCUACUCGCAUGGGUCGGCUGGAUUCGUAAAGCACUCGACAGCGCUUAA